AUGGAACACCGCAGGAGAUAUAUGAGCAAGACCCAACGCGCGUGCGAUGGCUGUCGAUCGCGCAAAUCUGCGUGCCAGAUCGAUGUAGCCCCUCCGUGUCGUCUAUGCCGGGCGCAUGGGCAGCCCUGUGAAUUUACGUCGCGUGUUCGCCGGAAAAAGUCGCCGAGGAAUGACUCCCUCCCCCUGCCGGGCUCGAGUCCCCCAACGGCUCUGCCAGCGAUCUCUCCCGCCAUCGAUAGCGCAGCGAGAUCGUCGUUUCCGAGCCAGAGCCACGAAAAUCUAGACUAUCCCGAUCCCCAGCCAGAUCAAGCCAUGUUCGAUGAUUUGUUCCUAAGUUUGUAUGGCACACAAGGUUUACCUCGCUCGUUGGAUAAUUUGCAAGACGCCACAGCCCAAUUAUGUGGUCUCACUGGUGACAUGGAUCCUUAUGUGCUGCAGCACUACAAAUAUGACGCCAACUCGGAGUUUGCAUUUUCGAGAUUGACUAUACGACAGGUCCAGGAAUCGCAGCUCCCGGUCCAAUUCCUCUUAUCAAAGCAGGAACUUGCCAACGAAGCGCGCGCAGAGGCUGCACUGUCGACGUCGGAGCCCGCAAAUCUCGACGUAAUUGUACCGCCGGAGAUUGGUCAUCGACUGAUCAAGCUAUUCCUCCGCUUCAUCCAGCCCCAGUUUCCUAUACUGUGUGACAGUGCACCUCCAGACCCGAAGACUGCACCCACACACCUACUGGCUGCGAUAUACUGUAUCGCCCAACCAUUUAUCACGUUCGAUGACCACCUCUGCGUCGAGCUGGCGUAUACACCCCCGUCGGCGCAGACACUCUUGAACAUGGCUUGGCGAAGCUUGAAUCAAUCGCUGUCACAGCCGACAAUCUCCUCGAUUCAGACAGCUAUCAUACUCCUACUAAGGUUACCGACGAAUGCCCUCGUUCUCGACAGCGCCUGGAAAUGGACACUUCUCGGGAUGACAGUUUCAAUGGCCCACACCCUCGGCCUUCAUCUUGACCCCCAAUCCUGGAACCUGCCUCAAGCUGAAAUAGUCUUACGCCGCAGGCUGUCAUGGUCAAUCUAUGCUCUUGACAAAUGGCUGGCAUUCAGCUUCGGUAGGCCAAGCCAUAUAUCAAGAGAGGACUGGCUUGUGAUUGAACUGACCGAGUUUGGCCUGACAAGCGAGGGGCAAGGAGUAUAUACCUUUCCAUUGGAAUUCUCGGAGCUUACUACCAUCCUUGAUUCCACCCUAUCUUCGCUCUAUUCUCUCCGGGCCUCUGCCGCGCUCUCUUGCGACUUCCGGAAGACCUUUGAGACGGCGCGCCCUCUGCUGGCUAAAUUGGCCGAUUGGGCACAAAGGGUUUCUUCUACGAGUUCCCAAGAAGCGAGCGCACCUCUUUUUAUGGCCUAUCACGCUGUACGGAUACUCAUUUUCAGGGCCCUUCUACGGCCGUUCAACCAUACAAAAUCUCAGCCUUCACCUCAAGACAAGGACGAGUGGGAUGCUGCUAAGGUUCACAUUCGGCAAGCUGCUCGAAUAGAGGUCGAUGCAGCGCUCAGUCGUGUCUCGUCACUGGCAGCCGUGGACUAUCAAGCCUUCUGGGCGCCAUGGUACAAAACAUGCUUCGCCCUGAUCACACAUCUGAUAUUCCUCCUCACUGUUACAUGUCACCUUGAGCAGCGGAAUACUACAGACGACCAGCCAGAAAUGGAACAGGGUAUUAACUCGGACACGGAGUAUCACGCACUUAGAAAACUACUCGACGACGCCAGAGAAGUAUUCCGACUGCACGCUAGGAGCCUGGAUAUCAUCAAAUUCGCCCUAUUGCGAAUUGACGCUGUGUUCUGGAUGGGCUGGGAGAAGGUUCUAGGGUUUAGUUGACCUAUACCCUCUCAUAUGUCGUGGAGCCCUGUUCAUGGUUCCCUCCUACACAGAAGAACUCUAAUCAUCCUACCAAGUUACAUCUUACGAUAGUGACCUACCCCAAUCUGGGUUCGGGCUGGCAGUUUCCGAUCUG